UGUCAAAACAGCGUUUCCAACAUGUGAGCCUUGCUUUUCCAAUAUAAUCUGAACUGUCUGUUUAUGUACACACACGAGGGAAAACAAUGUAAUUCGAGGAGACUCGUUCUCUUUGUUUUUUUUUUGGGAUGCUGCCGAUCUCGAACACGAUGGACCUGGUGAAGAUCUGGGGCAGUUUGCUUGCGAACUGCGGCACAUCGAUAUGCACGAUUCCGACCACGUACUUCGUGCAAGGCGUCCAGGUCUUGACCUACGGAAACGAUGCGACCGUGCUCUCAGAAUCCGAUGAAACCGCAAGCAAUCCGACUUCGAUUCAUGGCGGAGCCCAACUGGAGGAAGAUGAUAGUUCGGAUGAUUCCAACGAUGAUGAUGAUGAGACGUCUUCACCAAGUGCGGAGCUGCAUUCCGAGGAUGCGUCUGAUAAGAAGAAAAGGAGACGUCGAAUCCAGAGGAUAAGAUAUUCGCGAGAGGAGUAUAAAUGCAGCAUGUGCACGUACACCUGCACCACAGAAAAAGCCUUCCUGAAGCAUCUGAGAAACUGCGAAGCGAAAGGCACCAAAGACCAAAACGAGCCUCGUUUAUCGUGUCCCAUCUGCGGCAAGGAUCGUAACGGAGAGCAAUCGAUCUUCAUCCACAUGCAGAAGCACAAGGACAACAAGCAUUUCUGCUGCGACCUCUGCAAAUUCCGAACUCUUCAAUUGAAAAAGUUGAUUCAACACCGGAGGAUGCACACGGGGGAGAAACCUCAUCUUUGUCCGUUCUGUUCCUACCGCUCGGCCAGAAGGGACAACUUGAGAUCGCACGUCCGUCGCGUCCACAAGAAGGAGAACCUCACCUGCGACACGUUCACACCUAGGAGCAUGCUGUUAGCGCCGACGAAGACGCCGCAGCAAUAAACCCGGACUCGAAAUCCGGAUGUUUCGAAUAAAUAUUGAAAGUCUGAUUAGUGAUAUUCCGAAUACCGAAGUGUUUUUUAUAUAUAUAUAUACCGACAAUUGGUAUUUUUUUUCUUGUUACGUUUUCUCAAAUAUGAUAUUUUCUAGUCAAUUCGUGGAUUAUGUGUAUAUACAUAUGCGUACGGUAUUAAGGGAUGAAGUGAUAUUUUUGGGUCGACUAUUUAUGGGUAGGAAUGAUUCGAAUGACGAUGAAUGCAGAACGAGAGGGUUUGCCAAAAGAAACAAAGACUUUUCCAGAAACGAGACUGUUCCACACUACAUGGCAUGCAUAUAACUUUAUGCUUAUCGAUGUUUUUACCUACUACAUAUAUAUUAUAUUUAAUAUAUUAUAUAAUUACUAAAUGUGAUACGUUCGUAACAACAGAAUAAUACAGUUUUAUUAUUAUUACUCCAU